AGCAUAUGAAAAAAAGUGCGGUGAGCAGACUUUAGGAGCAGCAGCAGCUCAAGUCAAUCAUAUCCUCUCCUGUUCUUCCCCUCUCUCUUUCUGCGUUCUAGGUCCUUCCAUUCCGUCCCCGUCUCCGGCUUCUGUAUUUCUUGGUUUUUGAAAAGAAUCAAUGGCGGAUCUGGAGAAGAAAGCGAAAGAAGCGUUCAUCGAUGACCACUUCGAGCUAGCCGUAGAUCUCUACACGCAAGCCAUCGCGCUUAACCCUACCAAUCCUGACCUCUUCGCCGACCGCGCGCAAGCCAAUAUCAAACUCAACAAUUUCACCGAGGCUGUUGCGGAUGCUAGCAGAGCAAUUGCGUUGGAUGCUUCCUUGGCAAAAGCUUACUUGCGGAAAAGUAUUGCAUGUAUGAAACUUGAGGAAUAUCAGACAGCUAAGGCAGCAUUGGGAGCAGGCGCGUCUUUGGCACCAGGAGAGCCUAGAUUCACUAACUUGAUCAAAGAAUGUGAUGAGUGCAUUGCAAAGGAAACUGGUGAGUUGAAAAAUCAUGCAGCGGAUGCCCCAGUUAACACUGUUUCCAUAAAAGAUGUCGAGCCAGAAGACACUUCUAGUCAGGCUCCAAUGGUAAUACCUUCCAAGCCAAAGUACAGGCAUGAAUUCUACCAAAAGCCAGAAGAGGUGGUUGUGACUAUAUUUGCAAAGGGCAUACCAGCCGACAGUGUUACUGUUGAUUUUGGUGAACAGAUUCUAAGUGUUAGGAUUGAGGUUCCUGGUGAAGAUGGAUAUCAUUUUCAAACUCGCUUAUUUGGGAAGAUAAUACCCGACAAGUGCAAGUAUGACAUCCUGUCCACCAAAGUUGAAUUUCGACUUGCAAAAGCUGAACUAGGUCUGCACUGGGCAUCUCUUGAAUACAACAAGCAGACAGCAGUAGUACAAAGGAUUGCUGUAUCCUCUGAAAUUGUUCAAAAGCCUACCUAUUCCUCAUCAAAACCAAAACGAGUUGAUUGGGACAAGCUUGAAGCUCAAGUAAAGAAGGAGGAGAAAGAAGAGAAGCUAGAUGGGGAUGCAGCUUUGAACAAAUUUUUCCGAGAAAUUUAUCAAGAUGCUGAUGAAGACACAAGAAGAGCCAUGAAAAAAUCUUUUGUGGAGUCCAACGGCACGGUGCUGUCGACGAACUGGAAAGAAGUGGGUACGAAGAAGGUGGAAGGAAGCCCUCCUGAUGGGAUGGAGAUGAGGAAAUGGGAGUACUGAGCUUGUGUUUUGGUAAUGGGGAAUGUGCUGUAAAGAACAUAACAGUUAGAUUUUGUUCCCUGAAUGAUGAUUGUUGUUGUGUUUUUUUGUUUCCUUGCUUAAAAAUUCUGAGCUAAAAUGAAGAGGUUGACGGUUGUGUUGUCGGGUGGUGUUAUAGCAGAAAACUGCCGCGUCUGUACAAUGUCUAAAACCUUGACUGGUUUCACU